UAAUAUAUAAACAAGCUCGCUCCUCUUGCCGUCAUACUCCGACCGAUGCCCUCCUCCCUCCCCUUCCUCCCCCGACCGACUCUAUACUCUCUUCGCAUCGUAGCCAUACUCUCCGCACUCCUCCCUCUCCGUCUCUCAAGCCUUUCCUCCCGCUAAGCAGCUCCAUCAAAUUCACCACGCCGUCCAGGCCGCCUUUCCGCCCGUCCCACUACCCCGUCGCCCAACAAUAACCAGCCGAAAUGGGUCCCAAGAAGGCAGAGGGCACCACCUCCUCUUCCUCCAAGUCCAAGAGCACUCACGCUACCUACCAGGACAUGAUUACCGAUGCUAUUGUUCAUCUCAAGGAGCGGAACGGUUCUAGCCGCCAACAGCUCAAGAAGUACGUGAGGGCCAACAACACCAUUAAUGUUGUGGACAAGAUGUUCGACUCUUUGUUCAACAAGGCCUUGAAGGCCGGUGUCGAGAAGGGUAUCUUUGAGCAGCCUAAGGGACCUUCCGGCGGCACCAAGCUGUCCAAGAAGUCCAAGCCUGCUGCUGCUAAGCCUGUGGCCAAGAAGGAGAAGGAGAGCGAGAAGGAGCCCGCUAAGAAGGCGGCCCCUAAGAAAGAUGCCACGAAGAAGGCCGCCGCGCCCAAGAAGGCAGCUGCUCCCAAGAAGGAGGCCGGCGAGAAGAAGCCCGCCGUGAAGAAGGCUGCCGCCCCUAAGAAAGCAGCCACCACCGCCGCCGCCACCAAGAAGACCGCUGCUGCCAAGAAGGACGCGCCCGCUUCGGAGGACAAGCCGGCGACUCUGACCAAGACGAAGUCUGGCCGGGUCGCUAAGACGGCGGCGAAGCCGGCAGUAAAGAAGGCGCCCGCAGCGAAGAAGGCCUCGGCUCCCAAGAAGGAGAAGACUCCAAAGAAGGAAGCCAAGGCCGAGGCUGCGGCGUAGGGCCCUCCUCUCCUAGCUUGUCGUUUCGGUCGCAUGUUCGGGAUGGGCGGUCUACUGGCGUUUUACGGAAAUGGGUACAAAGAGCUGCGCGUACGGGUCGCGCGCGGCGGGUUCAGCCAUGCUUUUUGUGCGUCGGGGGGGGGGGCGCGGGUAGGGAUAUCUGGCUGAGGGGCGGAAAUGGUCUCCAAGUGUUUCUGCGAGUGCGUCAAGCAUACCCCUCCGCGAUUGUCGGCUGCUCUGUGCAUACAUACUGUACGGCCCGCGCGGAAAGUGAUGGUUGUUUCGAUUGGAUUGCACAUAUUCCCAGUCGUGGUAUCUGUUAAUUUGGAAGGGCUCGGAGCUGACGACGUGAUGAGUACACUUGUAAUUAUACCAAAUGACCAAGGGAUU